CUUUGUUAUUUUUAAAGUGCUGCAAUUCGCAACUAUGACACUGAUGGCGGUGACCCGCGCCGGUCCAAACGCCCGAAAGCAGCCGGACGAUUUUCACCGGACGUUUUCUGCAGUGGCAUAAGUAGAGGUCUGAUAGUUGUGCAGUGCGGGCUCUACCGACUCGUGGUUUAUGGAUGCUGGGACUAUGAGCAUAAGCGACAACAGGGACUACAUAGCAGACCUGGGAGGCAGCUUCACUGAGGAUGCUCCCAGACCUCCAGUCCCAGGGGAAGAGGGUGAGCUGGUGUGCAGUGAUGGACGCCAGUACACCAACGCGGGCUUCUCCUCGAAGAGCGAGAGCCUCAAAUGCGAGGCGUCUGUGGCCACACCCAGGCGACCGGACUUGGACCUGGGUUAUGAGCCGGAGGGGAGCGCCUCACCGACACCCCCCUACGUAAAGUGGGCAGAGUCCCUUCACUCCCUCCUGGACGACCAAGAGGGCAUCCAUCUGUUUCGGAUGUUCCUCAAGCAGGAGGAGUGCGGCGACGUGCUGGACUUCUGGUUUGCGUGCAGCGGCUUCCGCAAACUCGAAGCCAUCGAGGGCAACGAGGAGAAGAAGGUCAAGCUGGCGAAAGCCAUCUAUAAGAAAUACAUCCUGGACAACAACGGGAUUGUUUCCCGGCAGAUCAAACCAGCCACCAAGUCCUUCAUCAAAGACUGCGUCAUGAAGCUUCACAUUGAUCCUGCGAUGUUUGACCAGGCGCAGACUGAGAUACAGACCACGAUGGAGGAAAACACCUAUCCCAUAUUUCUGAAGUCUGACAUAUAUUUGGAAUAUACUCGGACGGGGGGAGAGAGCCCGAAGCUGUACAGCGAUCAGAGCUCUGUUUCUGGGAAUGGAAAGGGCCUGGCGAGUUAUUUACCCACUUUAAUUGAAGACGAGGAAUGGAGGUGCGACCAGGAGCCGGAGGAGCAGCCCGAGAGCGACCCCACGCCGAGCAACCGGCUUACCCAGCAGCUGCUGAUGGAGACGGCACCGCAGCGCGUCGCCAACAGCGCCAGGUUCCAGGACAGUCACGAGACCAGGCACGCUCCAUGUCGGGAGCCCAUCAACCCGUACUACGUCAACACCGGUUAUGCUCUGGCUCCGGCCACCAGCGCCAACGACAGUGAGCAGCAGAGUAUGUCCAGCGAUGCAGACACCACGUCCCUCACAGACAGCAGUGUAGAUGGGGUUCCACCCUACAGAUACCGUAAACAGCAUCGCCGGGAGAUGCACGAAAGUGCCAAAGCAAAUGGACGAGUGCCACUACCUCAUAUUCCACGCACCAACCGGAUUCCAAAGGAUAUCCACGUGGAGCCGGAAAGAUUUGCUGCAGAGCUGGUCAGCAGGCUGGAGGGCGUUCUGAGGGAGAGGGAGGCUCAAGAGAAGCUGGAGGAGCGGCUGAAGAGAGUACGAUUGGAAGAGGAAGGGGAUGAAGUCGUGUCCACAGCUGCAGCGUUAUCCAGUCACAGGCUUCCCCCUGGUGCUUAUCCGCAGAAUUACAACUCGCGCUAUGCUGACAACACCUACAGCGGUCCGAUUCUGAGAGAUGCUCACGAGGAGAACCCCGAGAGCAUCCUGGACGACCACGUCCGGCGGGUCAUGAAGACUCCCGGCUGCCAGUCGCCGGGCACCGGCCGCCACUCUCCCAAGUCCUGCUCGCCGGACGGCAUCCCGGGGGUGAAAGGGACGGCACCUGGUGCGGCGCCCGGGAAACACCCGUCCAGGCACGGCCUCAAGGGAGACGGCGGCCACCUGUACCACCACAAACACGCGCACCACGUCCACCACGCCGGCGUCGGGAAGCCCAAAGAGCAAGCCGAGGCUGAGGCGGCCGGGCGCGUGCACGGCGGCGCGGAGACGAGUCAGUACGGAUCGAAGUCUCGCAGCUACGCGGACGGCAUGGGAUCCAACCCCGUGGAGCACACAGGCAAAGGUGGCCCGCAGUGCAAAAGGGCGCUCAAGAAAGGCGAGGAAGUGCGGCCCUGUGACAUGCCGGCGCCUGCAGAGGAGAUGGAGAAAAACCAGAAGAUCCUUUUGUGGCUGAUGGAAGGACAGAAAGAAAUGGUUCAACACAAGAGGAGCCCAUACGGUACCACGGGGUCCAAGAGGACCGCCGGCCACGAGGCUCAGCCGUGGGACACUGUGCAGCCGUCGCACCCUUUCAUCCAGGAUCCCACCAUGCCCCCGAAUCCAGCUCCCAGCCCCCUGAUCCAGCUGGAGGAGGUGCGCAGGCGGCUUGAGGAGGAGAAGAUCAAGUCUGGAACGGUGCAGCCCAAACAGAGGUAUGUGAUGGAGGUGAUCCAGAGGGGUCGCUCCGCAGUCCGGCCUGCCCUGUUCCCCCCGCUCAGCGCGGUGCCCGCCGUCUCCGACAGCGAGCUCUCCCAGCCCGAACACAGAGCCGCUAAAAAGCCGCCGUGUGACAACAUCACUGUGGCGUAUUACUUCUGUGAGGAGCUGAUACCGUACAGGACGUCUGUCAAGGGGAGGGUCGUCACCCUGGGCCAGUUCAAGGAGCUGCUCACGAAGAAAGGAAAUUACAGAUAUUAUUUCAAGAAGGUAAGCGACGAGUUUGACUGCGGGGUGGUGUUCGAAGAGGUGCGCGAAGACGACGCCGUCCUGCCCAUCUUUGAGGAGAAGAUCAUCGGGAAGGUCGAAAGAAUCGAUUGAAGGCGACGCCGAAGGAAGGAAGGAAGGAAGGAGUCAAGGCGGUGCGGCGAGUGAAGGUGAAGAGGAAGUGUUGUAAGAUUGAGACCGGAGGGGUCGCAGAGGAAGAGGAGAAGGGGAUGAAGAGUUGAAGAGCACAGCAGAGGUCGCGAUGGAAGACGUCGACCUCUGUGGCUCGGGAUCACCACUGCAGACUAGAAGAAAAGAGAAAGAAGACCUCAUUCACUUCUUUGGAGUGUAAUGUAGCAUCGUCAUGUUUACUAGAACAAUGAAGGAACUAAAGUGCUACUAAAGCUACAUAUUUUUGAUAUGAUGCAUCAGAUUGUUUCUAAAGUAACCACACUUGUCUUUUUGUUUUCUUUUUUUAUAUAUGUAUUGGUAACAGAUGUGUACAGUUUGUGUUAAAAGAUAACAACAUUUUAUAUCUAUUUAAGUAUUUAAAAUGCUCAUUUUCAAUCCUAUCGAAGCAGGAGUGUCGAAGACGAUCAAAAUCCUUUUUUAGGGCUGAAUUUUGUUUCUUUUAUUCAUUGUAAGAGCCCCCUUAAUGCUUUUUAAUAACCCACUUACCAGUCCUUUAUCACGUGGCAUUCAGACCGUCUGCACUUUCAUUGUAUUAUAUGCCACUGACUGCAUCUCAACGUCGGCUGCAACAUUAAUUUCUAAAUUAAUCCAGAAAUAUUGGACCCGAAAGUUCAGAGUCUGAAGAUGGUACUGGAGAAGAUUUAUGGUCAUUUCUGAGGCUCAAAAUUUGCGACGGUGUUAAUAUGAAUAUAAGAAACACUUUUCACAACGUCAUUAUUUAUUAUAGGGCUGUUUUUUAUUGGGUUGCACUACUGCAUUUAGUUGCUGGAUAUUUAGUGUGCACUGCAUGUGAAUGUAGCUGAUGGCUGUGAGUGUGUACAGGUGAAGACAAUUGGCUAUAGAAGGAACCAAGUAGAUGCAAUAGGACUGGUUUUUUUUCUUCUUUCUUUAAAGAUAUGAUUGGAAAGCACUCUGUGAAUAUCUAUGCAAGUCGGUUCCCCUAAUCCAGAAACUGCAAAGGGCUCCUAUAUUUAUUCACUCUGUUAAAAGGUUAGAGGCGAAGGAUGGGCAAUAUAUUGAUACUGGAUCAAUAUAUUGAUAUGAGACUAUGGUUAUCCCCUCUCAGAUUUUGGAUAUCGUAAUAUGGCAUAAGUAUUGACUUUUCCUUUGAACUUACCAGACGGCUUCAGCUGUUCUGUUAUUUGCCUUUACCCACUCAGUCAUUUCAUCCACAUUACUGAGGAUUAUUCAUCAAAAGGUCCAUGGAUGUAAAUAUUUAAUGAAAGGUCAACCCUACAAUAUUGGUGCGAUAUCUAUAUCGAUGUAUAUGGUCAGAAAUAUUGCAAUGUUAGAUUUUCUACAUAUCGCCCGGCCCUAUUCGCGGCUAAAUGUAGAAACAAACAGGCUUUUAAUUGAGCCAUUUGUUUAGAUUAUAAUGAAGUCAAGUUGGGUCGAGGGCAUCAAACUAAAGGUUUUACAAUCAUUACGAGAGCCGUUUGUGGAUCAGUAAUCUGACCUUCCAUAAAUUAGUCAGUGCCGAUGAAUAUGUUAAGCACUGGAUGUCACAGUUUGAGGUCGAGUUUCAUAAAUCACGUCCUGCCUCCAGGGGUCCGUGUUGAAGCUCGUGCUCGCCGUGCAGAGUAGAGGCUCCUUGACUCGCCAGAGGUCACGUCAGAGGUCA